UAUAGAUGCAAUGUAGCAUUUGGGGGAAUUUUUGAGCCAAUUACUGCAAAAUUGACGAGAACAACAAAAUUGACUAGCAUUUGUUAAAGUGCAACCCAACCUUUCUCAAUGCAGACCAGAAUUCACAGAGGGUAUAAUCAAAGAUCAAACUAACAAGAAAAGGUCUAAUAUCAAGUUGCAUCCAUCUACAGAGGGUACUCCAGCAUCGUGCCAAAAUUCAACAUUUACCUAAUUCAGUUUCUGUAAAGUGAUGUGAUAUUGUCUGGAAAAACUAGAGGCAGUAUCAACUUUAACGAUAGCUCGCUUUCUUUAUUGAUAGCAGUAUUUAACCGCUGAAUAGUUCUGUAAGCUUCGCUGCGUUGCAACAUUCACAAUUCACACGUAAACAGUUAGAACCAACUGACAUGUAAAUCGGUACUUACAAAUUAAUAACCAAUGAUUUAUCCUCACGGUAAUAACCUGCAAAGAAGAAUAACUUAAAGAACCAAUGCAGUGCUGUAUUUUACAUCCAUUUGAAUCAGCCACUCGUAAUCAGACUAAAUUUAUGCCAGCAAAAAAAAAAGGUUGACAACCAAAAAAUAACAAAAUUAAUCUCAAAACAAAACAAAAAUUAGUCAACCUUUUAGACAGCUCAUAACAACCACUAUAAACCGGUCAAUUAAUCCACUAAACAAAUCAGCAUUUUGUCUAGUAGUUCCAUACCAAGUCCUAUUUGAUCAUUAUACUUUGUUUCUCAUCACUCCUUUGAACUAACAGCUCCAAUUGUAAACGCUCCCGCCACAAUUUACAACCACUGACAAAAAAACAAAACGCCAUCAUUACCCCCUCGACCUGAUUGACACGUCCUGACAACCAAUCCCCCAACGUACGUCAUUCAUCUUCACACAAAAUUACAACCAUAUACAUACACAUUAGCUUUGACAAUAGAUUUAAGUGUAACUGAUUUUUUUUGUUGAUAUCCAUUGCUUCCAUUUACAUUGACGACACCGCCACUAUCACGCGCCCUUAUCGUCGACCAUAUAUCAUAUAUUUAAAGCAAUUAACCUACCCUAUAAAUUGAUUGAUUUUUUUGAAAUCUGAUUGCAUAUAUCACACCUGCAUAUACAUAAAUUAAGAUAACAUGCCACAGUCAGGAAUUAUAGAAGAAUAUACCAUGGACCGAGUGGUCAACAAUAAAACGUCAUCCACCCAGCCCAUGACUGUUAGAGAGUAUAAAAAAAUUGGCGAAGGUGCGUUUGGAACUGUUGUUGAAGCAGUAUUGAAAUAUGUUGAUCCAGCCAAUAAUAAGAGCCAUGAUGAUGAUAAGAAUAACAGUGAAUGGCUAGGUCCAUUUGCUAUAAAGCGAGUGCCCGCUCAAACCGAAUAUAAAUCAAGAGAAUUGGAGAUUUUACGACUUGUAGAUCAUCCCAACAUUGUCAGCUUGAGAUUCUUUUUCGAUAAGGCCAGACCGGAUACUCGAGAAGUCUAUCAAAAUUUGGUUAUGGAAUGUUUACCAUCCAAUUUACAAGCAGAAAUCAAAUAUUACCGUCAAUCAAAAUACACCAUACCUUAUCCUCAUAUGAAGGCAUACACUUUCCAAUUAACUAGAGCCAUGCUUUAUUUGCACGGGUUUGGGAUAUCUCAUAGAGAUAUAAAACCCCUGAAUAUUUUGGUUGAUCCUCAUACCGUUCAGUUAAAGAUUUGUGAUUUUGGAUCCGCCAAGAAAUUAGAACCAAACCAACCAUCUGUUAGUUACAUAUGUUCAAGAUAUUAUAGAUCACCGGAAUUGAUUGUGGGUUGUACAUUAUACACUACCAAGAUUGAUAUUUGGGGAUUGGGAUGUGUUGUUGCAGAAAUGUUUUUGGGUAAACCAAUUUUCCAAGGUCAAUCCCCCGAGACUCAACUAAGAGAAAUUGCCAAAUUGUUGGGUCCUCCACCAAACACCUUUUUCUUCAAGAGUAAUCCUCAUUACCGUGGUAAUAUGUAUACCACAAGGUUAUUUAGUUGCACUGUUGAGGAAAGAUUUAAACAAAUUUUUAGUAAUUCACCACCCGAUGCUAUUGAUUUAUUAUUGAAGAUUUUAGUGUAUGAUCCUGAAUUUAGACCAAGUCCAAGGAGAGUAUUAGUCCAUCCAUUUUUCAAUGAGUUGAAGAGUAAAGAUUUCAAGGUUUAUCCUCGAGGAUCGUCUGAACCAAUUGUAUUAGAUUUGUUUAAUUUUAGUGAGAUGGAAUUACAAUUAUUAGGACCGUUGAAAGAUGAGUUGGUUGUAAGGUAAUACAGCAUUUCACACAUUUUGCCUAUAGUUCUACUUCAAAUUACAUGAAUCAUUGUUUUUUUAUUUUCAUUUUAUAGAUGUUUUUUAUACCUACUGGUUCGGUUGCUUGCUUACUUUCUUUCUUUCUAUGUAGCUGCAUGUAUAUGUUAUGACUAACACAUUCUAUGGUAAAAUGUUUAUGUAGACAAUAUACUUACAAAGCUAAACUAUAACUAUAUUCAUCUUCAAUGUUUUGUGAUAGCCACAAGACAAUACAACUCAACAUGAUACAUGCAUUACAAACAAUAUUGGAAACACCCAUACCUAAAGUAGGAAACGUGUAGUGUUUCAAUAAGUAUUUUAUUAUAAAUACCAUGAAACUACCAGCUAACCCGCCAGCCAAUAACGAGAAUCCCAAGAAUAAAAUCACCCGAGCGGCCCAAGCAUUGGUAUUUCCUCCACUCAUGAAAUUGGUUGUGUUUGAGUCUUGAAACAAGUUUGAUUUUUCAAUUGAAUUAACAAUCAACAUCCCCAGAGUAGAGCAGAUGAAUGGGAUCCAAUCGAUAAAUGUGACAUGAACAUCUGAUGCAUUCACGGAUUUGGAAUAAACAGCGGAGUCGAUAAUGGACCAGAAUCCAAUUGCGAAGAGAGCACCGGAUAAGUACACCCCAAAUGCUCUGAGUUUAGCAGAUUUAGGUAAACGGAGCAUUGAGGCAUUGAACCUGAACAAGUGAUUGGAGUGGUCCAUGAUUAAUGUUGUUAUGGUAGAAUUGAUGUGGAAGAGU